AAAGUUUACAAAUCAAAUAUCAUCAGAGAGCUCCUUCAUUAUUCUUGGAUUUAAAUAACCCCCUUCACUACAUUGACUUGCUCUCCCCUUUAAAUAUUUGAUGUCAUGAGCUCACCUACUGUCCCCAAUUUGCCAUUUGCCUUGGAAUAUUAAUAACAUGUCACAGAAACAUCGAUCCCCACAACAACAACAACAUCGUCAACAAACCCAGAAGAUCAGCAAUCCUUUUUGUUCGAUUUAGCGACCUAAUUCAUCACCAUCAUCAUGGAUUUUUCAGACUACCCAACAGGCAAGUCUCCAAGAAGAGAGCUCCAACUCCAGGGUCCACGUCCAACACCUCUCAAGAUUCAUAAAGAUUCCCACAAGAUCAAGAAGCCACCGAUUGUUCCUCAACCCUCGCAACCUAAUCAGCCUCACCAGCCGCCUCGACAACCGGUUAUAAUCUACACAGUCUCGCCGAAGAUCAUUCACACAAACCCUAGCGACUUCAUGAACCUCGUCCAACGCCUCACCGGAUUACCUCGCUCCAAUUCUUCUGCUUCUUGUUCUUCCUCGUCUCCUCGAAAUGAUAAAAACACUAAUGGAGGCAGUGGUGAAUCGACAAUGGAGCAGUCUAGGUCGUCGGAUCAUGAAGGAAUCAUGGACAUGGAUGAUGAUGAUCGUGAUCGUGAUGCUGAUGUGAAGCAGCAAAGGGGUUUGUUUCCGGGGAUCUUAUCGCCAGCUCCGGGUGCGCUUCCUCCGAUUCCUUCAAGCUUCUUCUCUCCGGCGGCGGAUAGCUUCUUCCAUGAUUUGAGCCCGGUACUUCAUGGUAACAGGAACUUCAUAGAAGGUAGCUUCAUGCCUAGUCCGUCCAACUUCUUUUCCCCUACACCGUCCAUUGACUUAUUCAACAAUUUUUCCGAUUUAUAGUUUGUCUUUCUUUUUCAAAUUCUUUACAAGUGAAUGAAAGAUUUAUUCA